AUGGGUGGGAAGCAAUCUCGCAGUUUCCCUAACAAGGACUUAAACGAGUUAAAUCUAAGUCAAAGGAAGAAGAGCGCCACCAAAGACGACUUGCCGAGCCUGUCCUCGGCAGCUGAGAGGAUCCGUAAACACACCACAGUCCACUUUGGCUACAGCACCCUCAGCAUGGCCAUGCGAGGGCUACACAGGACACCCUGUGAGCUUUGGGAGCUCAGGGAACUCCAGAAGCUAAACUUGUCCAUGAACUCUUUGUGCUCUUUGCCCCCUGCCCUGGGAACUCUGGACAACCUGGUGGUCCUCAAUUUGUGGGGCAACAACCUGACGAGUUUGCCGCCCGAGAUCGGCCUCCUGAAGAAGCUGCGUGUUCUUUUUGCAUGUCGGAACCGCUUGAGCGAAGUCCCAGAGGAACUUGGCUCCUGUACCUGCCUGGAAGUACUCAGCCUGGCAAACAACCAGAUCACCAGCCUUCCUGGAAGCUUGGGAUCCAUGCACAACUUGACCAAACUCAACCUCAGCCACAAUCGUAUUGUCCACAUCCCAACAUGCGUUUACACCAUGAAGGGCCUCGUCUUCCUUCACUUGGCGUGCAAUCGUCUGGAAACCAUUGCAGACCAAAUCCAGGACUUGGUUAACCUGAAAAUCCUCAUUGUGGAGGGGAACAGCAUCCACACAUUGCCUAAAACGCUAUGCUUCCUUGAGUCUUUGGAACUCCUCAAUGUUGAUUUCAAUGACCUGCAAAAUGUGCCGGUGGAAAUGUACCUACUGAGCAAGCUCGGGAAGUUGGCAUGCCACCCGCUGGAUAAAGGACUUCACAUAAUCCACAACCCCCUCCUGAAGCCUAUCCAGGAGGUGCUGCAAGGAGGACUCAGCGCCCUCUAUAACUACCUCAAACCCACGUGA